AGCGUCAGACGACUUGUGGAGGCUAACUUUUGAGUUAUUACAGUGUGGACACUACAGCUGUACCGUUGAUGGUCAGAAGAGGAAGCUGGAUGAAAGUGAGCAUGCAGUUUUGAAUCAUAGGAGGGAUCUGAUUGCAAAGUACAGAAGUUCUAUUGAAGAGCUUGCAAAGUACAGAAGAUAUAUUUUGUUUAAUGGACAUUUGCAGGAAAUAGACAUCCAGAAGUUAGAGAAGUUAAAGGAAAUAUUUCAAGGGAUGGAGGACCAUGGCACACAUGUAUUGAUGGCUGUUUAUUUAUAUGAAGCAAUAGUAAAAGAUGAUGUUGGUGAUUUAAUUUCUCGCUUGGUAGAACUCUCUCCGUCUACCAUUUUUCACCAAGUGAGUGCAUCAGGGAAUUCAUUGCUUCACAAGGCAGCAAGUUUUGGAAGCAUAAAGAUAGCUAAACUCAUCAUCGAUCACUUCCCCUUCCUUCUUACCAGGAGAAAUGUUUUAGGUGAUACUGCACUUCACGUCGCAAUCAAAGCUAGAAAAUUGGAUGUGGCAACCAAAGAUAACAAAUUGAACGUAAUGGAAGUCCUCAUUGAUGCUUACGCUAAUGACUGUGAACAGUUAUUACAAAUGAAGAACAACAUUGGAAACACUGCCCUGCAUGAGGCUGUCAUAGCUCAGUGUUCUCUUAAAGUCGUGAAAUAUUUAUUUUCGCGUCAUAAAGAAGCGUCGUACUAUUUGAAUGACGCAGGUGAAUCUCCAUUAUGUCUAGCCAUUGAAACUGAAAAUAUAGAAAUUCUUGAACUUUUGUUAGAAGCUCCAUAUGAAAAUGGCAGGCUGAUGGAAAGGCCUCGGAUAGAGUCACCUGUUCAUGCUGCCAUCUUCAUGAAAAGGCGAGAUAUGUUGGAAAAAAUAUUCGAGAAGAAUAAAACACUAUUCAACAUAAGAGAUGAAAAGGGGAAGACACCAUUGCAUUAUGCAGCAUCCAAUGGUUACAUUGAUGGUGUUCGGUUCCUGCUAAAAGAAUUUCAACAACAAGCCUUUGAAAGGAGUAAAAAUGGUGACUUUCCUAUUCACGCUGCAUGCAAAAGAGGCCAUAUAAAGGUAGUCAAGGAGUUGCUUCAACAACAGUGGCCAAGUCUAACAGAAUUACUCAACAAAAAGAGCCAGAAUAUUCUUCAUGUUGCUGCUGAGAAUGGAAAAAACAAUGUGGUAAAAGCCGUACUAAGUGACUCAAAGUUUGAGGAGCUUAUAAACGCAGUAGACAAGAAUGGAAAUACAGCUUUGCAUUUGGCGUCACAGAACCUUCAUUCUAAAGUCAUAUGUUCUCUUACGUGGGAUAAGAGAGUUGAUUUAAAACGCAGAAACAGGGAAGGCCUGACUGCUAUUGAUAUUGCUUCAAGUAUUCGAAACCAUUUGAAAGCUACGCAGGAGUUAACACUUUGGGUCUUAAGUUCAGCUGGCACACCCUACAGUGAAAAGGGUAGGAAGAUUAGCUUGCGACGAGAAAGGAAACCACCAAAACCGGAGCAAAUUCAGCACCUGAUCAACGUAAUAUUGGUGAUAGCAGUGCUAGUGGCCACCGUGACCUUUUCUGCUGCCUUAACUGUACCGGGUGGUUUUAACCGCUCUGAUGCGGGACACAGAAACGCUUUCCGGGUUUUCAUUAUCUGUGAUUCCAUAGCUAUGUAUGUCUCCAUGACAGGGGCUUUCGUCCUCAUAUGGGCAUUAGUAUCCACUGAUGGGGAAAAGUUCGCCAUUAAUAACGCUUUAUAUCUACUGGUGGUAGCUAUUUUCGCGAUGUCGUUGGCAUUCAUCGCCGUUGUACACAUAGCCCUGAGCAAUAUUCCUUGGAUUGCGUAUCUUGUUAUGGUUGGGGGAAUCUACUACCUAUGCGUUUUCAGUUUCAUUUUCGCUACGUUGUUUUUCCCAAAAAUUAGGAUUUCCAAUCGUAUGUUACAUUUCAUUAGUCACUAUAGCGUUCCAUUCCUGCUUUUAAUCGCCCAAAUUUGGGAACGAGUCCCUUUAAUGUUUCACUGAUGCCUUUAUUCGUCCGACGUUGGGAACAAGUAGAUGAUAGCAAAGCAAGAGUCUCAGCCAGAGAGAGAAGAUUUGCAGGAGGAAGGCCACAUAAGGGAGGACUAGCUCAUUUCAAAUAUGCAUAAUGCUCGUGCAUCUUGUGAUCAAUCUCAAGCCACUUCUCAAAUAAUAAAAGCUUGUGGGACUUAUCAAAUAUGGAAGGGUUGUGAUUGUAAUAAGAUGUUUGGACAUUAACAAGCAUCAUAUCCUAUGGAUUGUAAUAUUUUAGAUGUUUGGACUUUACCAAGCACCAUUUCCUAUAAUAGAGGGUAUUUGCAUGAUAACAUGUAGGGGGGGGGGGG